AUGCCGGCGUGCGCAGCCAGGAUUUCCCGCAGAAGCCCCGGAGCCCCGGCGGGCUGCAGAGAUUUCCUGCAGAGCCGCCAACAGCUGCCUCACUGGAACUCCGCUCCGCCACUGCGGCCGAACGCGUUCUGGGGCUCGAGCGAAAGGCUUGGGCGUCGCCCCGCCCACUCGGACAAGCAGCCAAUGGCGAGCCUCGCUUUGCCACCAGGGGUGUGGUCAACACCAAGCCAUUCACAAAGCUGUGAGCGGCUGGUGGCCGGACUGGAGCAGACACGCGACAUUCCCGAGACGGCGGGAGGGCUCGGCGGGUCCACAGCCGGUAAUGAGGGUCGCCCCUCCAAUUGGAGCCCUGGGAUUCAAACCUCUCGGCUUUCAUCGGCAAACACACACACACACACACACACACAAACACACACACGCACAAGGCGCGGACGAGUGACCGCCGAUAUCGUCAAGAGCGCGCGCGGCGCCUUUAAGGUUUCCGGAGCGCGCGUCCGCGCUCGCUCUUCCUGCCGGCCGGUCACGCGCCUCAUUAAGAGCCGCCUGAGAGCAGCGGAGCGCGCGCUUCGCCCGCUGGACGCCGAGUUUGUCCGGAGGCGUCACUCGUUCGCUCGCGCCUUCUUAAAGACGGCCUUCUGUCUUCGGAGUUUUCAUCACUUGAGCAGGGCGUCCUCAGUGCAGGCAGCAUGUCCGGCGAGCAGGCUACAGCAGCGGAGCCUCCCAAAGCAGCAGCAGCAGCAGCAGGAGGAGGAGGAGGACAAGAAGCCGCAGGACGAGACGAAGCUGGAGGACGAGCAGCAGCAGCAGCAGGAGCAGGCGACGGCGACUCCCGCUCAGGAGGAAGCCUCGUACCGCGCCCUGCUUCUCUCCGGCUACGGCGGCUACGACAAAGUGAAGCUGCACACCAAGAAGGGCGCGCCCGCCAAAGCCGGCGAGCUGCUGCUGCGGGUCAAAGCCUGCGGCUUGAACUUCGCCGACCUGAUGGCCAGGCAGGGGCUCUACGACCGGCUGCCCUCCCCGCCCGUUACGCCCGGGAUGGAGUGCUCGGGGGUCGUGGAGGCGGUUGGCGAAGGAGUGAGCGAGCGACAGGUUGGUGACAAGGUUAUUGCGAUGAACAAGUUUGGCAUGUGGCAGGAGCUGGUGGUUGUGCCAGUCAGCCACACUUUCCUGAUGCCAGAUGGCAUGAGCUUUGAAGAGGCCGCAGCCCUGCCAGUCAACUAUGUGACCGCCUACAUGAUGCUCUUCGACUUUGGAAACUUGCGACCAAACCAAAGUGUCCUGGUGCACAUGGCGGCAGGUGGCGUGGGGAUUGCUGCCACACAGCUGUGCCAGACUGUCCAGAAUGUCACCGUGUUUGGCACGUCCUCCUCCUCCAAACAUGAAGUGAUCAAACAGAACGGAGUCGCACACGCCAUUGACUACCGGACCAUGGAUUACGUGGAUGAGAUCCGCAAAAUUUCUCCCAAAGGUGUGGAUGUCGUUCUGGACCCUCUUGGGGGGUCCGACACCAGCAAAGCCUUCAACCUGCUGAAGCCGAUGGGAAAACUCGUCACGUACGGUGCUGCCAACCUCCUGACUGGCCAGAAGAAGAACAUCAUGGCACUGGCAAAGACCUGGUGGAAUCAGUUCAGCAUCAACGCCAUCCAGCUGAUGCACUCCAACAAGGCGGUGUGCGGCUAUCACCUCGGGUGCCUGGACGGCGAGAUGGAGCUCAUUGGCACCGUGAUGAAGACUCUGCUCGAGCUCUACAAGCAAGGCAAGGUCAAGCCCAAGGUGGACUCGGUGUGGCCUUUUGAACAGGUGGGAGACGCCAUGAGACAGAUGCAGGAGAGGAAGAACGUUGGCAAAGUCCUUUUGGUGCCCGAGGUCAAGAAGGAAGAGAAUUAAAGCCAACUGAGUGGUGGUGUGUGGCUGUGGUAAUGAAGGUUUCACUGUCGUCCGCUAAUCUUUGGGACCCCCAUUU